AUGAGCAGCGAUGCUGAGAGCUCGACUCAACUCCGAGAAGAUGUUGUUUCUGACGACGAACAAGUCGAUGUUCCUGAAGGAAUGGAUCCAGAGGGCUUUUCCGGCCCCAAAGUCAUCAAACCGUUAAGUCCCGAGGCCUUAGCCGCCUUUCAAGCCGCACAAAAGCGUGCAGGGGUGAUCUACAUAUCACGAAUCCCACCUGGAAUGCGCCCUACGAAAGUGAGGCAUCUCAUGAGUGUUCAUGGUGAGGUGGGAAGGGUCUAUCUGCAGCAAGAAGACGCCAAACGUGCGUAUCUCCGUCGGAAGUAUACCUCAACGAAGAAGGCGCAUUUCACGGAAGGCUGGGUCGAGUUCAAGGACAAGAAAGUUGCGCGAACCGUAGCAGAAAUGCUCAAUGCACAACCGAUUGGAGGCAAGAAGGGGACACGAUGGAGAGACGAUGUUUGGACCAUGAAGUAUCUUCCCAAAUUCAAGUGGAGCAUGCUCACUGAGCAGAUCGCUCACGAAGCCGCCGUCCAUACCGCCAAACUCCGCGUGGAACUCUCUCAAUCUCGUUCUGAGCAACGCGAGUAUAUGCAUAAUGUCGAGCUAGCGCGUGUGUUAGAGAAGCGGGCGGAGAAGAAGCGGGAGAAAGGAGAGGUUAUGGAGUUGAAGGAACAAAGACCAAAACGGAAACGAGGGGGAGACGAAGACAAUCCUUCGAGGAAAAAAAGAAGUGCUAUCGAGGAUGAGGCUCAACUGAGCAGCGUUUUAUCAAGUAUUUUCUAG